GAACAGCGAGAAUCCAUGAAGAUGGAAAUGGAAAGGCAGAUCAGAAUCCCCAAUCGAAAUCCGACGGUCUUCGUUUUCCUCCUGCUCCUUGUCAGUUGUCAGCUCUGCUCCGUCGUCUCCUGGAAGAAAGAUGAGUUCAGGAACUGUAACCAAACCCCAUUCUGCAAACGAGCCCGUGGCCGCAAACCCAGCUCCUCCUUCGCCGCCCAUGACGUAUCUAUCUCCGACGGUGACCUCACAGCCAGGCUUGUCCCCUCCGACAAAACCCUGGAAGAUCAAGACCAAAUCCAAAUCAAGCAAUUGAUUCUCACUCUUUCUGUUUACCAAGAUGGGAUCUUGCGGCUCAGGAUCGACGAGGACCCCAAACUCGAUCCACCCAAGAAGCGUUUCGAGGUUCCCGAUGUGGUUAUGCCGGAGUUUUUGAGCAAGAAGCUGUGGUUGCAGAGGCUUUCAACGGAGACCAUCGGCGGCGAUGCAAGUCCUUCAUCGAUCGUCUACUUGUUGGAUGGCUACGAGGCGGUGCUCCGGCACGAUCCCUUCGAGGUGUACGUGCGCAAAAGGGGAGGUAAUCGCGUAGUUUCUAUGAAUUCUCAUGGUUUAUUUGAUUUUGAGCAAUUGAGGGUGAAAAAGGAUGGUGAGGAUUGGGAGGAGAGGUUCAAAGGGCAUACAGAUACGAGGCCUUUCGGCCCGCAAUCGAUUAGUUUCGAUGUGUCCUUUUACGAUGCUGACCAUGUGUAUGGGAUUCCUGAGCGUGCUACAAGCUUAGCUCUGAAGCCCACUAGAGGUCCUGGGGUUGAGGAAUCUGAACCCUAUAGAUUGUUUAACUUAGAUGUGUUUGAGUACAUUCAUGAUUCCCCAUUUGGACUUUAUGGUUCCAUACCCUUGAUGAUUUCCCACGGCAAGUCACGCGGGACUUCUGGUUUCUUUUGGUUGAAUGCUGCUGAGAUGCAGAUUGAUGUUCUUGGAACCGGCUGGGAUGCAGAGUCUGGCAUUUCUCUCCCUACGUCACAAUCUAGGAUCGAUACACAUUGGAUGAGUGAGGCGGGUAUCGUCGAUGCCUUCUUUUUCGUAGGACCUGGACCUAAGGAUGUAGUCCGCCAGUACACGAGUGUAACUGGAACACCUGCAAUGCCACAGUUGUUUGCUGUGGCCUAUCACCAAUGUAGGUGGAAUUAUCGUGAUGAGGAGGAUGUUGAGCAAGUUGAUUCUAAGUUUGAUGAACACGAUAUUCCGUAUGAUGUUUUGUGGCUUGAUAUUGAGCACACAGAUGGGAAGAGAUAUUUUACAUGGGACAGAAUGCUUUUUCCGCAUCCAGAGGAGAUGCAGAGGAAGUUGGCUGCUAAGGGUAGGCACAUGGUUACUAUUGUGGAUCCUCAUAUUAAGCGGGAUGAUUCCUACUUUUUGCACAAAGAGGCCACCGAAAAGCAGUAUUAUGUUAGGGAUGCCACUGGAAAGGAUUAUGAUGGGUGGUGCUGGUCUGGUUCAUCAUCGUAUUUGGAUAUGUUGAGGCCAGAGAUCAGGUCCUGGUGGGCUGAAAAGCUCUCUUUUGAGAAUUAUGUUGGCUCAACUCCUUCACUGUACAUCUGGAAUGACAUGAAUGAGCCUUCUGUCUUCAAUGGUCCCGAGGUUACAAUGCCUAGAGAUGCUUUACAUGUCGAAGGUGUAGAACAUCGAGAGUUACAUAAUGCCUAUGGGUACUACUUUCACAUGGCUACAGCAGAUGGGCUUGUGAAGCGAGGUGAUGGAAGGGAUAGACCUUUUGUUUUAUCGAGAGCAGUAUUUGCUGGAAGUCAAAGGCAUGGAGCAAUAUGGACAGGAGAUAAUUCAGCUGAUUGGGAUCACCUUAGGGUUUCAGUUCCAAUGGUUUUGACGCUUGGUCUUACAGGGAUCUCAUUCUCAGGUGCUGAUGUUGGUGGUUUCUUUGGCAAUCCAGAACCUGAGUUGUUAGUUCGUUGGUAUCAGUUAGGAGCAUACUAUCCAUUUUUCAGAGCCCAUGCCCAUCAUGACACCAAAAGGCGAGAACCAUGGUUAUUUGGGGAAAAAAAUACUGAACGUAUUAGGGAGGCCAUACACACUCGUUACAUGUUGCUUCCAUAUUUCUACACAUUAUUUAGAGAGGCAAACACAACUGGUGUUCCAGUUAUUCGUCCAUUAUGGAUGGAGUUCCCUUCUGAAGAAGCUACUUUCAGCAAUGAUGAGGCUUUCAUGAUUGGAAGCAGUCUUCUGGUGCAAGGGAUUUAUACAGAGCAUGCAAGACAUGCUUCAGUGUAUUUGCCUGGGAAGGAAUUAUGGUAUGACACAAAAACUGGAGUCGCAUACAAGGGUGGUAAAACCUAUAAGUUGGACGUUAAUGAAGAAAGUAUUCCUGCUUUCCAAAGGGCUGGAACCAUCAUACCAAGGAAAGACCGGUUUCGUCGAAGUUCCACACAGAUGGUGAAUGAUCCAUACACUCUGGUGAUAGCACUUAAUAGUUCACAAGCAGCUGAAGGUGAACUUUAUGUCGACGAUGGUAGAAGCUUUGGAUUUCAGGAAGGGGCCUACAUCCAUCGUCGUUUUGUAUUCUCAGAUGGGAAGCUCACAUCUGUUAAUAUGGCACCCGCUGCCCCUGGCCAAAACCAGUUUUCUUCUGAAUGUGUUAUUGAGAGGAUUAUUCUGCAAGGACUCUCCACUGGGCAGAAAAGUGCCCUAAUUGAACCCGCAAACCAGAAGGCCGAAAUUGAACUGGGCCCGCUUCUCCUUCAUUCAAAGAAAGGCCCAACUGCAACAACCAUCCGCAAGCCGAAUGUCCGCAUCGCCGAUGAUUGGGUGAUAAAACUGUUUUAGAAAUUUAAAAUUUUCCUUGCAUUCCCAUGCGGUGAAGUGAUAAACCUGUCUGGUAGGACGUUUUUUUCUUCCUUUUUUUGGGGUUAAGGAGGGAUAUUUCUUAGAUUAGUAAUACUGCAGGAAAACACUAUAUCCGUCAGAUGUACGCUUCCGUUUAGGUGAGUUUUUGUUGUGGUUCCUCCGUAAGUGGUGAUUGGACACCUUAAUAACUCGACCUAAAUGGCGAGAGUGGAAUUGGAAUUGAUAUGAAUUUCAUCU